GCCUGCGCCAGCUGGGGGAGCCGGGCAGCCGCCGAGCGCGGGCGGGGAGGAGCCGGGGCCCGGCCGGGCGGCGAUGAGCGCCCGCGGGCGGCUGUAGAGAGGAUGGCCGGGGGCGCCCUGCGCCUGGCCCUGCUGGCCGCGAUCUGCCUGCGGGGCUGGGGCCAGCCCGACACCACCUGCCAGCGCGUCCGCGCCGCCUUCCAGCUGCUGCAGCCCGGAGCCAAGGGGGUGCCCGAGAGCCCGGUGGCAGGGGCAGAUCUGCAAGUGUGUGUCCCAAAGGGCUCAACCUGCUGCUCAAGGAAAAUGGAGGAGAAGUAUCAGGCAACGGCCCGUUUGACCAUGGAGCAGCUGCUCCAGUCUGCCAGCAUGGAGCUGAAGUUCCUCAUAAUUCAAAACGCUGCCGUCUUCCAAGAAGCCUUCGAAAUUGUAGCACGGCAUGCAAGAAACUACACCAACACCAUGUUUAGGAACCACUUCCAGAACAUGGGGUCCAGAGCUCUUAAGUUUGUCGGAGAACUUUUUACAGAUAUCUCGCUUUACAUACUGGGCUCUGACAUCAAUGUGAAUGACAUGGUCAAUGAAUUUUUUGACAGCUUGUUCCCUUUAGUCUACUCACACUUGAUAAACCCAGGCUUCCCUGACCUCUCCGGAGAAAUGAUAGAAUGCCUGCGGGUAGCAAGACGGGACCUCAGGGUGUUUGGUAACUACCCCAAGAUUAUGAUGACUCAGGUGUCAAAGUCAUUGCAGGCCACGCGAGCCUUUCUACAAGCGCUCAACCUGGGGAUCGAAGUCAUAAAUACUACCGACCACUUAAAAUUCAGCAAGGAAUGUGGACGUGCACUGUUGAGGAUGUGGUACUGUUCUCAUUGCCAAGGGCUACUGAUGGCGAAGCCUUGUGCCGGAUACUGCAGUGUUGUCAUGCAAGGGUGCCUGGCCAACGUUGUGGAGAUAGAUAACUACUGGAGAGAAUAUAUUCGGUCCCUGGAAGGGCUGACCAAAGGCAUGUAUGGAAUCUAUGACAUGGAACAUGUCCUACUCAGUCUCUUCUUGUUGAUACGAGACUCAGUCAUGUAUGUUCAGAAGAAUGGAGGGAAGCUGUCUGCAACAAUUAGCAAAUUCUGUGGCCAUUCUCAACAGAGACAGUAUAGAUCAGCUCAUGACCCCGAAGACCUUUUCAUUGACAAGAAAGUACGGAAGGUGGCUCACACAGAACACGAGGAAACCCUGUCCAGUCGGAGAAGGGAGCUCAUUAUGAAACUAAAAUCUCACAGCAGUUUUUAUAGCAGCUUGCCGGAGUACAUCUGCAGCCACGGCUCUGCUGUUCAGAAUGACACCCUUUGCUGGAAUGGACAAGAAAUUGUGGAGAGGUACAGUCACCAGGCGGCGAGGAGCGGGGGGAAAGCUCAAGCAGGCACCCACGAGAUGAAAACGAAGGGUCCCGAGCCAGUGAUCAGCCAGCUCAUCGACAAACUGAAACACAUCAACCAGCUGUUGAAAGGAAUGUCAAUAUCCCGGCGAAAAGCUCCAGACAAAACCACGGAUGAGGAUGAGUCAGAAAGCGGAGACUGUGAUGAUGAAGACGACUGCAGCGGCGGCUCCGGAAAUGGGGAACUAAGGGUUAAGAAUCAGCUCCGGUUCUUAGCAGAGCUGGCUUAUGAUUUGGAUAUGGAUGACGGUCCCUCAAACAAACAACUUUUGAAUCAGCAAAGCAAAGGUGAUACCGCGGUUCACAACCUGGGCUCAGGCAAUACCACGUGGAAGCAUGUUCCUGUCACUGCUGUUUUCAUGGCAGUCUUUCUUCUGUGGGCCCAUUGACUCUGUACAGUAGCCACAGCAGAUUUUCCUGGGGAUCAACGUCUCUCUUUAUUUCUUUCUGAAGAAAACAUUCUGAACCCCGCUCCUCCUGCAAUAUAGGCACACUUCCAAAGAUUAAGGGAAUGACUUACAUUUGUUUUGUAAAAUAAAACGGUAUCUUUACCCCCAGGGGCUGGUUCAUGGUGAAUUUCAGUGUUAGUAAAUCCAUGUAGUGCUUUUAAAAAUAAUUCGGAAGGGUGAUACUACGUUAUGUUCAUGUCAGUUUACGAAGGCUGAAUUUUCAUUCCUGUUAAGCAGAAAUCCAUAUUUUGUCUUGAGUUCAUUUACCAUGCAUGGACUAGAGUAGCAUCUAAGGUUUAGUGAAUAUUAUCACCAAAGAUCAGACCCCCAUUCUUGUUUGACUUAACCCAGGUUUUGUCUAUAGUUUAAGUAGCAUUGGCACCGACUCCAAAUUUAAUACUCAUCCCUGGGAAACUUGCCAGGCACAUAAUGGUGAGGCCAGGGGGUGGCUUGAGAAACAGAGUGCAAGUCCAAAAUGGGGAAGGAGAUUAAGGAAGAGAAGGGAACCACUGGCCCAACUGAUCAAAUUUCAGAAAUUCUCCUCUCCCUGGUCCUGAUUCUGCUACCUGUGAAGUCAGUAGGAAAACUCCCAUUGACUUCAUAGGGAGCAAGGGUGGACCCUAAACAUUUAGGGCUAGACUGUGACUAUGCACUUACACACGGGAGUAAGAACCAGCCUUCCGCCUUGCAAGGCUGCUGCAUCUUGAGUCUGGGGCCCCAAGAGUAGGUGCUUGUUUAUCUCCCGCCCACCAGAGCAGGUGAGCAGGAAAUGGGUGGAGCCAACAUACCAGCCAGCAUAGGGAAAACAGGAAGCCAGCGACUGGUGGCGCCAGGCAGAACUGUGUCUGAGAGGUGGCACAUUGCCUCCUGGGGCUAUUCCUGGGCUGAGCCUAAAGACUAAAUUACCCUGGAAUAAAAAAUGGCUAAAUCAAAGCAGCCCUGCUGACAGCAGGUUGUUUUGGGACAUGCUCUCUUUGAUUAUCCUCCUGGUGGCCUGGGAACACUCGGAAUGUGCCACUGUCCUGUCUCCAAGGAGGCUGUAUUGGCAAUGGCCGUACAGGAGGAGAGCAGUGCUUCUGGCAUUAGAGGGCACAACAUCAGCACGUUGUGUUUCAUGAAUCCAAACAGUUCCUGGGAAGCCCCUUCAGAGGCGGCCAGCCAGCCUGUCUCCGAAUUCUGGGUCAGCUGGAGCUGGUGCGUGUGUCUUGGCACACUGCAGGAACAAACCCUCUUCUUCCUUAGGAAAUGUGCCCACACAGCUCCAGACAAAGGACAGAGGGUGGUGCUGUGCCAUACUUUUGCAGGGCUGAAUAACAUGCCUCCAACCCAUUGCAUAGGUUAAAAGCAAGGACUGGCAGGAGACACGCACACAGCACAAUAAGACGUUUAUUUGAACCUUCUCGUGUAUGUUAUUUUUGUUAAAAUAAUUAUUUUCUUGGUGGACAACGUAUCAAAAUCCCUCUUUCACACAUUUAAAGCAUAGGAAAGUUUUAAACUGGAAACUGAAACUGGCUGCCCUGGGGAAGGCCAUCAGCAAUCCAGACUGGUGGUCUUCAGCGCACAGUGGACAGCAUAUGCUUUUGGGCUAGAACCCAAUGACAUUUUUGGGUUAGGGGCAAGGAAAGUUUGUUUUGGUGCCUGGCCAGAACGACUGUAUAUUUCAGCUUAAGGUGUUGGUAGCCCUAGCACUGUAUUAUAUGUGUGCUUUAAAUACUUUGUGUCUCAGAGCUUAAAUGCUUUAAAAAGCUACUAAGUAAAUAUCUUUCUGAAAAGUGAACUGCAAAGAUUUUUUAACAGGAUAACUUCAAAAGGUGAAAAAUAUCCAGCUGUUAUUUUAAACUGAUGGGCCUGACCCUGGUAUAAAACUCACUGACUGCAAUGGAAUGAUUCCAUGUUUGUACCAGGGGGAUAGGAGCAUCAGGUUGUUAGCACCAAUCUCAUGGUUUCUCUGCCUGGGUGAGUCACCCCAUGGUUAUGGUGUUUGUGCUAUAGAAGAUCCAUUCUGUCCUUAACUGGUGGGUUCUCUCCUGCAGAACUUUCCCAAGAGAUUCCCCUUCUCAUGCUCAGGCUGAACUCAAAGGGGAACUUUUGGAGAUGUUUGCACAGAAAUUGAUUGCACAUAAACAUUAGUUUAAAGGUGACCUUUUCAAAUCUUUCUCUUGGUCCCCGUCCGUCCUCCCCCAUUUUUACAAAGCUUUUAAUUAUCAGCAACAUCUUUGCGGUUCGCCUCCAGAACGUUAAAGACUUUCAAAACUGAGGUUUUGUGGAGCUCCACUGCAUUUGUUUCUACCCUUGCAAGCGAUGUCUUAUGAGUGAGGGUCUGAUGCUGCCACCCCCUACUCUUCUUAAACAUCCAGAUCAAUAGGACUCAACUGCUAGGUUUGAGAGUGGAUGAUGGAAUCUAUCCCUCAGUAUUUACAUCUUCCAGGUGGAAGACAAAUUCCAUAAUAUCAACCAAUCCAGAGAGAACCCUUCCAACACCAAUGUUCUGAGUCGUUUUUUGACCUUGACGUUUCUUUCUCAUCUCAUUUUACUGGUGGUCCUGGGUUUCUAUUCAGAUUCGGGGGCUUUGAAAACUAGUCCUCAAUAUAGCAGGAGUCGAGCAUUGUUCUUUUCCAGUCUAGCCUUUCAAUUAUUUGCAAACUUUCUUGGCAAGGCAGUCUGAAUUCCAAGUCCUUCUCUCAUUUGAGUAUAGUAGAAGCCUGCUUGAGAUAGAUUUCAACCAUCUUUGUACAGCUUGAGUGUUUAUUGCCCUUUCAGUUUAAUACAUUUUUCACUCUUCUCAUUCACUCUAGGGUGAAAUUCACCCCUGGUGCUGGCCUGCAGCACAGGGGCAAAUUUCACCCCUUAGUAAGCCACGCUACAACCCGGCCUUUGCUUUUAACACAAACACCCUUUUACUCUAUUUCUAUCAGGAUCACAGCUCCAUACAAUGUCUCCUCUGCAUGCCCUGUUUUCAUAAGAACGGCCGAACUGGGUCAGACCAAAGGUCCCUCCAGCCCAGUAUCCUGUCUACCGACAGUGGCCAAUGCCAGGUGCCCCAGAGGGAGUGAACCUAACAGGUAAUGAUCACGUGAUCUCUCUCCUGCCAUCCAUCUCCACCCUCUAACAAACAGAGGCUAGGGACACCAUUCCUUACCCAUCUUGGCUAAUAGCCAUUAAUGGACUUAACCUCCAUGAAUGUAUCUAGUUCUCAUUUAAACGCUGUUAUAGUCCUAGCCUUCACAACCUCCUCAGACAAGGAGUUCCACAAGUUGACUGUGUGCUGUGUGAAGAAGAACUUCCUCUUAUUUCUUUUAAACCCGCUGCCCAUUCAUUUCAUUUGGUGGCCCCUAGUUCUUAUAUUAUGGGAACAAGUAAAUAACUUUUCCUUAUUCACUUUCUCCACACCACUCAUGAUUUUAUAGACCUCUAUCAUAUCAACCCUUAGUCUCCUCUUUUCCAAGCUGAAAAGCCCUAGCCUCUUUAAUCUCUCCUCAUAUGGGACCCGUUCCAAACCCCUAAUCAUUUUAGUUGCCCUUCUCUGAACCUUUUCUAAUGCCAAUAUAUCUUUUUUGAGAUGAGGAGACCACAUCUGUACGUAGUUUCAUUUGCUGAUACUAACCAGUGUUCGUGGAUUUAAUAGCCCCAAAUGGUAAAGGUGGCUCAGCUCCCUCUACACGUGUCAAAUACCACUCAACAGAGUAUUCAUAUUGAAGGAGCCUCUAGUCUCCAGAUGGCAGGUCUACACCUAGAGUACAAACCCCGCGCCCCCAGCUAGCACAUGUAUAAAUAGCAGCAUAGAUGGUGAAACACUGCUGUUAGUAUCUGUGUAGUGUCCCGCUGCUUCCCCUAGCCCGAGCCUGGCCUCGGGGCAGUGAAAGGCUCUGGCAGCGGGUAGCUUCCAGAACCUUUCCUCGCUGUCUCCUCACUGCUGAAGCCUUUCUGGGCUGCAGGUAGCAACCCACUGCAGUGAGUGUGGACUCUGCCUGCUCACUGCAGCAUGUGACUACACCGCACCACCACCAGCAGAGACACGGUCUGAGGGUGUCUCAGUUAGGCUGAAGUCUAAGAGCAGCGUCUCUUCAAUGAGAGGAGUCUAGGCUCUCUGGCUACAGACUGGCCUGGGGAGGCAGCAAGGAUGCCAGACUCUGCCCUAAACACACAUCAAAUACUGUUUGGCCUUUAUUUCUCCCGGCUGUUUAAGAAGCGCAGAUAGUUCUAGGAACAAGACAGAGGGUUGCCUUUUUCCAUUCACCCUCCUCCUGCUUACUUGUUUUUUUAAACCAUACCCCCUAAGGCUCACUCCAGAGUGCAAAUUUCUCCCCAGUUUCCCAGGCCGCUCUUACAAAGGCCCCGAUCCUGCAUGUUACUCCGCACGGACAGGUCCCAGUGGCAGCGCAGAGCCUGCCCAAAGUCAGCGGAGCGUUGUGAGGGCCGAGGGGGCCCCAGCCCCGGGUUUUGACGUGCAGGAGCAGAUCUAAGCCCCGGUGCUGGACUCAGCUGCGCUGCUAAGCACAGCCCAUAGGAAGGGACGCAGAAAGCCCCUUGCCACAGGGAGAGCACUGGGAACCAUGGUGUAUCUCAGGGCCGGUGACAGCCAGAGCUCUGGGGUUGCAUGAGGGGUUAAUUUGCUACAGCCUUUUUAAAGGGUGCAGCAACUACCCCCACCCUUCCCUGCCCCCCUUCUGCUGAGCUGCUCCCAGGAGGGAGCGGGUGGGUAGCAGGGCCUGCAGUUCUGUCCGGCCCUUACUUGGGCUUUGCAAUAGGGGUGAUGGGAGGAGAGUUCUUAUUCCCUUCCCACACCCUAGGCCCCAAGCCACAUACGGGCAAACCACAAUCUAGUCCAUUUUUCAGCAGAGCUCCUGUUGGCUUCAGCAGUGGCAGGGGGGCGGGGAGAGAACCAGCCAUGUUCAGCCAUAUUUUUUAAACAGAUUUUUUUCUAACCCUCUUUCUGCCCCCUGCUCUUUCGGACCUGGGACUGACACUGAAACAGACCCCGUGCGACGGGCGUCCCUUGCGGCGCACAGCCCUGCCUCUCUCAAGGGGCCUUCAGGCCACCAGUGGGCAAUCCAGUUCUCCCUCUGCUCCUUCUCCGAGCGCUCCUUUUGGCUUUGGGGGUUUGGAGCCUGGAAAUGGACCAUUCUCUUGGGUUGGACACUGUGUGUUGGAACCUGCUGGCUGUUGAAUAAUGAUGGUGUCUACCAAAGCAGGGGAUUGUCCCGGGCUUUUCUGUCCUGACUGAAAUGUUCUGUAGCUAAGUUAUCAGCCAGUAUGGUGUGUGACAUCAGCUUUUCAAUGAUGAGACUCUGAUGUAAUGUAUCGCUUGGUAGAAUUAUACCUACUGUACCUUUCUCUGUAUCCCGUAACAUCCCAAUCUGCAAUGUGAUAGUAAUCCUUGUUGACAGUCUCUUCUGUAGCAUGCUGAUCCUGUUUUUCCUUUGUACGGACAUGCUGUUAAGCAAAGCCAUCUUUUCUGAAACCUUGUUAUGAUAAUAGAUCCCCAAAACCAGUCCUUGAAUCCUGUAUCUGCCAAGGUUCUAAAACAACACAUUAUAACCUUCGAAAGCCUGUUGAAUUCUCUCCUGUGGUGUUUUUGUGUGUUUGUGUGUUAACAAUGAUUUUGGAAUGUUUCUCAUGGAUUUUUCUUUUUAACAAAAACUUCUUGCCAUUGUCAAAAAUAGUCUCUGGAACCAUUAUAACAC